AUGGCAGAAGAUCCUCCAUUAAGCAAACAAGAAUUAUUAGCAUCAAAGCUGGCUCAAGAGAUUGCUAAAAAGGGUGAUGAAAUACCAGAGAAAUACCUCUCCAAAGAUUGUUUCCCUGAAGCCAUUGAAGCCCCUGAUUUGUGGAAACAUGAUCUUCUCAUUGAUUGCUCUCUUCUCACUUCUUCCUCAGCAGCACCAGAACUCGCAAAGCUCCGGUCAGCUCUCUCCCAAUGGGGUUGCUUUCAAGUUAUAAAUCAUGGGAUAGAAAGCUCAUUCCUUGAAGAGUUGAUCCAAGUUUCAAAGCAAUUUUUUGAACUUCCUCUAGAGGAGAAGCUCAAGUGCUCUGCACCAGAUGAAAAAGUCCAAGGGUAUGGGAGUGAUUCAGUUCUUUUUGGGACUCGAACUCCAAAUUGGAAUGACAGACUAUUUCUUUCACUCCAUCCUAUGGAAAAACUAAAGCUCCAAUGCUGGCCACAGAAGCCAGAGAAAUUCAGGGAAAUGAUAGAUGAGUACUCAAAAAAGUUAACAGCGUUGAACAAGGUAAUUUGUGAGGCAAUGGCAACAUCACUCGAAUAUAAAGAAGACUGCUUCUUAACUAAAGGGAAACAAGGACCAGCAAUAGCAAGGUUCAACUACUAUCCUCGCUGCUCAUGCCCUGAACGCGUUCUUGGAUCAAAACCACAUUCAGAUGGUACAACCAUUACUUAUCUAUUGCCAGAGAAAGAGGUUGAAGGUCUCCAAAUCUUGAAAGAUGACCAAUGGUACAAGGUCUCUGUCAUCCCAGGCGCGCUAUUUAUCAACUUUGGUGACUUCGGAGAGGUAAAGACUAAUGGGGUGUUCAAGAGUGCGGUGCACAGGGUGGCUACAAAUUCUGUAAAGGACAGGAUAUCUGUGGCCAUGUUUUUUAUCCCGGAUGACCAUGAGGAAGUUGGACCCCUAAGUGGAUUGAUUAGCGCUCAUCAACCGCAAGUUUAUAAUAAGUUCAACAUCUCUGAUUAUUGGCGGGUAUUCCGUGAGAGCUUUAAGCUAGGGUCAAGACCACUUGAUGCAUUCCAAGUUUAGAACCGAUCUAUUUAAGAAUAAAAUUGGCUUAAUCAACAAGUUGUUGACUGUUUGAGUUUGUUUAUUUACUAAGUUGAUUGGUGAAACAACACAUUGUUCAGUAUAUAAAAAAUAAUCAUGUUAUUCUGUAUUCAUAAAUAAUCUCAUGAUAUCAAUUUUUAGAAA